UGUACUGAAGUAGAUGUAACUUGCACUUCACAUAUAAGGAACGAGCUAUGGUCACAAUAGCCACUGGCAGCAAGAAGAUGGGGUUUGUCAGUAUGAAGUCUCGUGUAAUGUGGGGGUUGAUCACGAUUGUGGUGAUGUUCAGCAGCCAGUGUAUAGCAAGUACUGUCUGUACCGGUGAUCCAUGCAAAAAUGGAGGAACCUGUUCAGUUGUCGGCGACUCAUUUGAAUGUGCAUGUGCACCUGGUUGGGAUGGAGACACGUGUGAAGAUGUGUCCUGCAAAAACAAUCCAUGCCUGAAUGAAGGGACGUGUGCAGUUGACAGUAGCAACAUUGUCUGCACGUGUGCGCCUGGUUGGGAUGGAGACACGUGUGAAGAUGUGUCCUGCAAAAACAAUCCAUGCCUGAAUGAAGGGACGUGUGCAGUUGACAGUAGCAACAUUGUCUGCACGUGUGCGCCUAGUUGGGAUGGAGACACGUGUGAAGAUG